UUGAAACAAUUGCUGCAUUUCUCUCUCACUCUGUCUCUCUCUCUGUCCCACUGUCUCUGUUUCCUUUGUUUUUAUAUCUCCCUCUUUUCUCUUACUUUCUGUUUCCAAGAGAAGAAGAUAACUUUCUGUUUGUUUCUGUCUGAGCUCAGUAAUUGUCUCUCCUUCUUUGUGACCGCUGACUGACUGAAUAUCCUUUUGGAUCAAGACUGUACAAGCUAGAUUUGGCUUUUAACUUUUGCCGGACAAGCGGUCCUCUCACCAUCAGGGGAGCCCGAAUCCUCUCCUGAGCGACAGUCGCCUCACACUUCCACGGCAACUGUGUAACUACGGAGUGCAGGCAUGGAGCAGAAAUCGGGCAAAAAACAAACAGAGUGUUGUCAUCAGAGAGCGGCCGCAGAGGAGUAACUCAGGAGUGGACAGGAAAAGAGGAGGAGAGAAGUUUGUAGAUGAGAGUAACUUUUAUAUCUCUGGGGAUUUUUCUCGUCUUGUGCAACUGUGGAUAACAGGAAAAGAUUAAGAAGGCAAAACUUAACAGAGACGAAGAAGAAACUUUUUGGAGGAGAGGAAUUUUAGUUUUUUUCAUUUUCCCUGUUGAUGUGUUUUCUGUAGCAUCUUCACACUCUUCACAAAGUGUCAGUGGACCAGAAAAUUGGCCUUUUUGAGGAGUUCUGCCUGUGGAAGUAAUUGUUGGCUAACGAAGCUGUUGACAAAAAUUGGAGACAAGGAUUUCUGCCUUUGGAGACAGAGUGUGUCUGUGUCUGUGUGCAGUGUGUGUAUUAGUGUUUGGAUUAUGUGAGUUUCGUCUUGUAGUUGUGUCAGGACCUUAGUGUGUUUAUUUGUGUGACUUCGAGACUACACAAGAAGUUCACCGCGCGUGAUGCGUGGUUGCGAAGCUGCGAGCUGUUUGUCUGUCCUCAGCACGGGCAGACACAGGGAAGGACAGACAUGUGUUUCCAUGGCGACAAGCGGCUGUAGCCCCUUCCCCAUGUGUUGGGACAGAGAAUAUGACAGACACCUAGCAGCUGCAGUGUCAGCAGGGAAAACCAUGGCGACGGCCUACCUGGACCCCAACCUGAAUCAUGCCCUCCUGGGAGGUGCCAAGUCACGGCUGAGCGCAGGGGGGUCGGACCGAACCAUGGCUGGCUCCGUGGACAGGGUCCUCAAAGUCUUCCAUCACUUUGAGACCAACACUGAGAACAGCUGCUGGUCAUCCAAUAUCAGAUAUGGAGAUGCAACUGAUGUCAGGGGAAUCAUCCAGAAAAUUCUGGACAUUCACAAAGUGCGCUGGACGUCUUGUUUCGGCCUGCGUCUCAGCAACAGCCAGUCCAGAGACCAGGUGCACUGGCUUCAUCCCGAUAUGGGCGUUUCCCACGUCAGAGAGAAAUAUGAACAGGCACGACCAAAUGAGGAGUGGAGGUAUGAAUUAAGGAUCCGGUAUCUUCCAAAGGGCUUUGUACAGCAGUUUACAGAAGACAAACCUACACUCAACUACUUCUACCACCAGGUGAAGAAUGACUACAUGACAGAGAUUGGGGAUCAGGUGGAACAAGAUGUAGCUCUCAAACUGGGCUGUCUAGAAAUCAGGAGGUUCUUCAAAGAGAUGAGAGGAAACGCCCUGGAUAAGAAGUCCAACUAUGAACUACUGGAGAAAGAUGUUGGUUUGAGGCGCUUUUUCCCAAAAGAACUGUUGGAUUCAGUCAAGGCUAAAACUCUCCGUAAGUUGAUCCAGCAGACGUUUAAGCAGGUAGCCAAUCUCAACGACGAGCAGUGCAUCCUGAAGUUCUUGGAGAUACUUGCUCCAAUCUACCGCUAUGAUAAGGAGUGCUUCAAAUGUGCCCUCGGGUCCAGCUGGGUAAUCCAGGUGGAGUUAGCUAUCGGGCCAGAGGAAGGGAUCAGCUACCUCACUGACAAGGGAUCCACACCUACCCACCUAGCUAAUUUUAACCAAGUUCAGUCAAUCCAGUAUUCGGCUACGGAGGAGAAGGACAGAAAAGGCAUGCUACAGGUCAAUGUAGCUGGAGCUGCUGAGCCUCUCACAGUUACAACAGCGUCACUUACCAUGGCAGAGAACUUGGCUGACUUGAUUGAUGGUUACUGUCGGCUCAUCUCCAUGGAAACUCAUUCCUUCAUUGUCAGAGUUCAGAAAGAGGGAGAGAGAGCUCUGCCUUCCAUCCCAAAAGUGUCUAACAAUGAGAAGAAGUUAGAGGCAGUCAGGAGUGGAGUAAGAACGAUCUCUGUCUCAGACCUAGUGACAUCGACACCUCCUAAGCCAACCAAGGCGCGGCGUUUCCUCCUCCCCUUUGUCUUCUGUUCAGAUUCGCCACCCAAUGAAGAUCUUAGUGGGGAUGAGACCGAUGACUAUGCAGAGAUAGUUGAUGAAGAGGACACAUACACCAUGCCCUCCAUGAGCUAUGGAGUAGUUGAAGCGCGGGACUAUGAAAUCCAGAGGGACAGGAUAGAGUUAGGUCGCUGCAUUGGAGAGGGUCAGUUUGGAGAUGUGCACCAAGGAGUUUAUAACAGCCCGGACAAACCGGCUCUACCUGUCGCCAUUAAGACCUGUAAGAACUGUACCUCAGACAGUGUCAGAGAAAAGUUCCUACAGGAAGCAUUGACAAUGCGUCAGUUUGACCACCCUCACAUUGUCAAGCUGAUCGGAGUGAUCACAGAGAACCCGGUGUGGAUCAUCAUGGAGCUCUGCACUCUCGGAGAGUUGCGUUCAUUCCUUCAGGUGAGGAAGUACAGUCUGGACCUGGCCACUCUCAUUCUUUUUGCCUACCAGCUUAGUACGGCGCUUGCCUAUCUGGAGAGCAAACGCUUUGUACACAGGGACAUCGCAGCCCGUAAUGUGCUGGUCUCCUCGGUCGACUGUGUGAUGCUCGGAGACUUUGGUCUGUCACGAUACAUGGAGGACAGCUCUUACUACAAAGCUUCUAAAGGUAAACUUCCUAUCAAGUGGAUGGCACCUGAAUCUAUCAACUUCAGAAGAUUCACCUCUGCCAGUGAUGUCUGGAUGUUUGGUGUGUGCAUGUGGGAGAUCUUGAUGUACGGCAUCAAGCCCUUCCAGGGGGUGAAGAACAACGACGUGAUUGGCAGGAUAGAGAACGGUGAGCGACUGGCUAUGCCUCCUCAGUGCCCGCCCACCCUCUACAGUUUGAUGACCAAGUGUUGGUCGUAUGACCCCAGCAAGAGGCCGCGAUUCACCGAACUCAAAACACAGCUCAGCACCAUACUGGAGGAGGAGAAGCUUCAACAAGAGGAGAGACUUCGAAUGGAGAUGAGGAGACAAGUCACCGUGUCCUGGGACUCUGGAGGGUCUGAUGAGGCUCCGCCUAAGCCCAGUAGACCAGGUUACCCCAGUCCUCGCUCCAGUGAGGGUUUCUUCUCCAGCCCCCAACACAACCACUUUCCGCCAUCAGCCCACGGUGGUGUAGGUGGAGUAGGAAGCAGCUUCCCUCCUACCGAUUCCUGGAAUCAGCACAGACCUGAACACACUGCGCUGUGGAGCUCGAACAUGGAGGACAGUGGAUGUGUUGGCCAGGCUAUGAUGGAGGAGAGGCUGAUGAUGCAGCAACAACAGAUGGAAGAUGACCAGCGGUGGCUGGAGCAGGAGGAGAGCUUCAUGAAGGCAGAGUCCAGAAACAGCAGAGGAAGCAUCGACAGAGAGGACGGCACACUACAAGCACCGGGUGGAAGUCAGCAUAUCUAUCAGCCUGUGGGGAAACCAGAACAUGUCGCUCCUCCUAAGAAGCCACCCCGCCCUGGAGCUCCUGGUCACCCAGGCAACCUGGCCAGUCUCUGCCCCGUGGACAGCUACAACGAGGGGGUCAAGUUGCAGCCUCAGGAGAUCAGUCCACCUCCCACUGCCAACUUGGAUCGUUCCAAUGACAAAGUGUAUGAGAAUGUGACAGGACUGGUUAAAGCUGUGAUUGAGAUGUCCAACAGGAUCCAGCCUGCGGCACCAGAGGAAUACGUCCCCAUGGUCAAGGAGGUGGGUCUGGCUCUGAGGACUCUGCUAGCAACAGUAGAUGAGACGAUUCCUGUGCUGCCAGCCAGCACACACAGAGAGAUUGAGAUGGCCCAGAAGUUGUUGAACUCAGAUCUGGCAGAGUUAAUAGCAAAGAUGAAACUGGCCCAACAGUAUGUCAUGACAAGUUUACAAAAGGACUACAAGAAACAGAUGCUAAUGGCAGCUCACGCCCUCGCAGUCGACGCCAAGAACCUGCUGGACGUCAUCGACCAAUCACGACUCAAGAUGAUCACCCAGACCCGCCCACAUUAGCCCGGGAUCCAAUGAAGCCUGUGAGGGUCAGAGGGAUGCGUGGGUUGCGGCGGGGACCUGGAGAUUACGUUGCUAUGGAGACAGAGCGCGCAGCAGAAGAGAACAUUAAGAUGGAUGGAAAAAGUGAAAAGAAUUGACUGAUGGACAGCCUGACACGACUGACUGAAACAGUCAGCUCCCUCUUCUCCCUCAAACGUUCAUCGCUUCCUUGUUUCUUUCCGGCAGCAGUCACGUUUUGGUCAAUAUUUUUUUUGUUUUGUUUUUUUGUACUUUUUUUUUUUUUUUUGCAUUAUUUUUGCUUUUGUAUCCAGAGAAGCGCUCGUCUCUCCCAUCACCUAUCCUCAAAAAAUAAAAAAUAAAAAAAUCAUCCACUGCUACUUUUUAAUCUUUGAAGAAAAUGCAUCAAACAGAGGCGUCAGAGGCUCGUUUGCAGGACUGCACAAGAUAUAUUUUUGGCGAGCAGACGCACCAAAACUCGCCACAUGGACAAAAGACUAACACUCAUAUAUGCAGGACGUAACAACUGGAACUGAAGAGCCAGAAUGAGGAGGAUAAUGAAGAUGAUUUCACAAUGUUGUUGUUUAAACAUGCUUUUAUAUCAUUAAUUAUUAUUAUUAUUACUACUAUUUCCAGCCUUGACUCUUACAGUAUGUCUAUGUCAGUUUUUCAGUCUUCCUCUUGAAACUCAUGAGCAAAAAUGAUUGAUUUACAGUAUAACUGCUCAUAAACAUCAUAAUUUUAUCUCUUUUCUUCCAUCUUCCUCCCUAUAUCUCUCUAUCUCAGGCAUCAAGACAUAAGACAAAAGUGAAAUAUAAAAGCUGAAUUUUGAAGAACAAACUAAAUGUCUUUUUAUGGAGAGAAAAAAACAUGAUUAAAAAACUGCCACAGGCCACUUUUUAAGUUAACUACAUAGUAAAUAUACAAAGAAGCUAUAUUUUUACCUGAGGCAUGAGUUGUUGGUGAAUAAGGGAGAGGGGUGAACUGGGGGUAGGGGGAGUGAGGGGAUGGAGGGGUGAGUGGUGGAGGAGGAGUGGUUUUUAAGUGACCAAGGAGGUGCCAAUUAUACUGUACAGUAGGUCGCCCUGUGCCAAAUGAACUGCGAUUUACUGAAAAAGGAACAAUUCGCUCAAAAUACACUCUGGUAUUGGUUUAUUGCUUUUAGGAGCAACUCAGUGUAAAAUUCAUGGUGGUUACUUUGUUGCUUACAUUGUAUAUUCAAGCCAAAUGUGUUGUUGCAUCAGUCGUGUUUUUGGUUCCUUUUAACCUGUUUGUCUUCACAUAAAUGUUCACUCAACAGUAAUGCAGUACAAGAUUUCAGUUACACUCUUGAUCCAGGAAUUUGAUUUUCAGGGACUUUGAAAUACUUUUUAAAAAUUUAAUGUAAAUUUUAAAAAUAAUAAUCUGUUAGUCUUUAUUAAGGGAUGACUCACAGUUUCAGUUUUAUUUACAAUUGGCUUCACUGAAAGUUAAUUGGACCCCAGUCUCAAAACAUUCAACAUGUUUUCUUAAACUAUAGGCUGGGGGUUGAAAUGGGGCACAGACUUUGUUCACAGGGUUUAUAUAAUUUAAAAUGUUUAUGUCCAACAUGAUUUGCUCUUUAUCUCUCCUCCAUCAGUCUUCCUCUGUCUUUCUGCCUCCUCUACUGGAGUUAUUUAUACCUUUAUUCAUUCAUUUCCUCCCUCUGUUACCCACACUCUAUCCUCCUCUCCUCCCUCUCUGAUUCUCUCUCUCCAUUCCACUGUUCCCUCUCCCCUGAGGUGAGCAGUAUUCUCAGGAAGGAGCCACAUGUACAGUUGCUAAACCAAGCAAAUAAAAACACUGUUAUCAUUAAGAAA